AUGCUGCGGUCUAGCGCUCGAAGCUUGCUCUUGAGCAUCAGCCCCGCCGCCCUCCGCGGUCCUUGCUGGCACACGUGCACGAACGCGUGGCGCGCGUUUGCGUCGGGCCACGCCACGAACAGCGAUGACCUGGCAGAGUUCCGGUUUAACGUGCAGCAAUGGGCGGAGGGCGUGAUCUCCCCUCAGAUGGCGGAGGAGGUGGACCGCAGCAACAGCUUCCCAAAGGACGUGGACGUCUGGCGGGAAAUGGGGUCCUUCGGCCUGCUGGGCAUCACAGCACCGCCCGAGUAUGGCGGCCUGGGGGCGGGCUACUCUGAGCACUGCAUCGCCAUGGAGGAGAUCAGCCGGCGCUCUGGGUCCAUCGGCCUGUCGUACGGCGCGCACAGCAAUCUGUGCGUGAACCAGCUCGUGCGCAACGGCAACUCGGCCCAGAAAGAGAAGUACCUGCCGAAGCUCAUAUCAGGCGAGGCCAUCGGGGCGCUGUCGAUCAGCGAGCCUGGCUCAGGCUCUGACGCCGUGAGCAUGUCCACGCGCGCGGAGAAGAGGGGCGACCGCUUCAUCCUGAACGGCAACAAGGCCUGGUGCACCAACGGGCCGCGGGCCAGCACGCUGAUCGUGUACGCCAAGACUGCGCCCGAGAAGGGGCCGCAUGGAAUCACGGCCUUCAUCGUGGAGAAAGGGAUGAAGGGCUUCAGCACCGCCCAGAAGCUGGACAAGCUGGGCAUGCGGGGCAGUGACACCUGCGAGCUGGUGUUUGAGGACUGCGAGGUUCCGGCAGAGAACGUGCUCGGCGGUGAGAACAACGGCGUCAAGGUGCUCAUGAGCGGCCUGGAUUACGAGCGGCUGGUCCUGGCAGCAGGCCCGGUGGGGCUGAUGCAGGCGGCGCUGGACGUGGCCGUGCCAUACUCCACGCAGCGCAAGCAGUUUGGCACACCCAUCGGCCAGUUCCAGGUGUGA